AGUAAGUGCGCAUGCGCAUAAUAAACGGUCGCGCGCAAGAUUUGAGUUUUGUUUGAAUAAGUUCGUGCCUGAGGAAAACACAAUACACAUUUGUUUUAGAUAUGUAGCAAUGGCAAAAGCUGCGAACCUGUCGAGGUCAGAUUUGGACUCAUCAUCUGGAAGCGAUUUGUCAGUUUCUAGCCGAACUUCAAACAGAAGUUUGCGAGUUGUGGAGAAAGAAAGAAGAAGGAACGAGGCUGGGGAUCCAUUUCUGCUUGCGCUGAAGUACUUCUCAGAAGUGGAGGCGGGUACCCCACGCAUAGGAAACGAUGUGCUGGAGAGGAACCUGGUGCAGGUGGAGAGAGUGGGGCUCAGUCGAGGACUUCCUCCUGAGGCGAUCUCUGUCAUGCUGGACUACGCAAUGAGCCUCCGUACGGGGGGUAUGAUUUGUGUUCGGGUCCUGAAGUUUCUGAUCCCCGCCACCGUGGUGCCACAGGAGGCCGUUGUUCAAGCGGUGGCGUGGUUAUGUGUCAGCAAGAUAGCCAUCAGCACACAGGUGCUUUUCCUUCGGUGGCUGCUGACUGUUUUCGACAUGAUCGACUCCAAGGACAAUCUUCGAGCCAUCUAUGGCUUCAUCUUCCACUUUGUGACAGAGGAGAAUUUGUCUCCUUACAUCUGCCAUUUGCUCUACCUUUUGACAAGGAGGGAGAGUGUUCGGCCAUUUAGAGUCAGAAAACUGUUGGACCUCCAAACAAAAAUGGGCAGGCAGCCGUUCCUGUUGCACUUGCUGUCGUUGUACAAAGUGUUUUGCCCUGAACUGGUGACGCUUGCUCUUCCAUCACAAAUGAGGAGUGGGUUUAAGAAUCACAACUCCACGUGGAAGGCAGCGCUCAGUGCUGUCCAGAAGAGGAACAACGGCCAAGUGUUGUCUGACAUCAGCCUGACCCUGGGAGUGAAACACAAGACCAACUCCAGGAAGAGGAAAUACCAUCACCUGGAGGUGCCAUCGCUGAGCUCAUCUGUCCAGAGAAACUCUCCCUCCUCCAGCAGCAGGAAGGUCUUCGCCCUGGAGCAACUCCACACCUUCCCACAGCUGCUGGACAACCUUCACCGCAUAGAGCUCCCAUCCCAGAUGGGUUCUCUGCUGGGCUCCAGUCUGGCCCUCUGUUACCUGGACUACGUACAGGAUGACUCCGCCUUCCUCCGACUCAACUUCUGGCUGGGCCACGCCCUCCAUGAGGAGUUUCUGUUCUGCAGUGGGGACCGGGGCUCCGGGAGUUCGUCCGAGGCCCUGCACCUCCUCAACAGGUUGCUCUCCACGCAGCAUUUCCUCCAGGAGGGCUUCUCCAGCACCGAGGGCUUCCUCUACAAGUUCCUGAAUGUUUGGGACGGUUCACUCCUCCGCCCCCAGAUUCUGGGCCUGCUGAGUGACAUCCCUGUGGUCCCCAGUUCCUGUAUCAACCAGCUUCUGUUUGAGCCUCUCGUUCAGCUGUUCUUCACCUCCACGCUGUUCUUCAAGUGCAGUGUGAUUGACUGUCUGAACAACAUGCUGUUGAAGUGGUUGACCUGGCACUCUGUGUACGCCCUGGAGGACGGCCUGGACAUCAGUCUCCACAGCCACACACCCAUGAACAUGAGUCUGUCUGGCUUCAUGGACUCUGUUGUGGAGCUGGUGCGUUUCGUGGGCCGCCUGGCCGCCAUGGGGCUGCAGCUAGAAGGCUGCCACUCCCUGCUCCUCAGCUUCAUUUUGGACUUCUACGAGACGGUGUGUGACAUGUUCCUGAAGUACGGGCUCCCCAUGGUGGUCAUGCCCCCCGUAGGCGUGUUCUACCCAGCCCUGUUUGCCACCGACCCUGUCAGCGUGGACCGCCUCGGCUACAUCAUGUACAGGUACAAGAAGAACCUGACCUCUGCUAAGUGUCUACAAAAGGAGACCAAGCAGGCGUUUCACAUCAGCAGGCAGACGUACCGGGAGUUUAACCACUACCUGUCCUUCAUGGUGAGCUGCCUGUGGAACUCCAAGAUGUUCCUUCCAGGCAUGGCCAUCGAGGUGGACCAGGAGCUCCUGUCUCUCAGCAAAGUGGCCAAGCCCUGGACCAGCUUCGACCUCAUCCACCACCCUGCCUUCCUCGGCUACGCCCUCGACUUUCAUCACAAGUGUUGGCCAGAGAGGAAGGAAAUUGAUCUCAAUUCCAUAAAGGCCGGGAAGCAGUGGGACUGGUACCUGGAGUUCCUCUUCUCUCAGGGCUUUCAGGGCCUCCAACAGUUUGUUCAGAGUAGCAUCACCAGACGCUCUGUGGCUGGAACCAAUGACCAGGGUCAGGGAGACAGGCAACCCACAAACAGUUAAACAACAGAGGACAAAACACAAGACUGAAACUUCUCCUUGUUGUAAAGGACGUAUACAUGUUUUAUCUCUCACCAUCUUCUCCAAGGCAAGAUUCACAAGAGACUAGACUAUCUCUGUAAAUAGACACUUUUUAAAAUCUUGAUGUGUUUUUAUUAUGUCUUGUCCCUAUUUUAGUUCCGCUUGAUGCUCAUGUGUUGUCUGUUCUCUUGUAUAGCUUAAGCAUCUAUCGAUUUAUUUCUGUGGAACUUGCACAUUAAUAAGAAUAGGCUUUUAUGAUUUUCUUUUAGACUAAAGCAUCCCCCCCGGUCUUUUACUAAAUUACACCAAUGCUCCUAAAAAGCAAACAUUAAACAUGUUGGAACAUGCAAACUUAGUGAAAAGUAUAAUCUAUUUUCUAUUAAAAGCCAUUGGUAUAAUUAAUUAUGGGGAAGUCAUCAGUAUCUUUUGCAGGUAAUGGCCCUACCUUCUGGAAAACAUUUUCCCUUAAUUGAAGGAUCCAUCUGGAUAGUUAAUAGGCCCUUGGCUUUCCAGUUAACUUGGAACAUGCUGGGUGCAGGGAAACACAUUGCACACCAGACACACACUCCAUUCUCACAGUGCCACCAUAGACUUCCCUUCUGAGCAUCACCAUUACUGACAAUUGGGUCCACAGGUCUGCUUUGUGUGCAUUCUGUAUCAAUAUGUCGAGUAAAUUCUUCAGCCCAUUGUUCCUUUUCAACGUAGUGGUGCGUGGGUCAGCUGUUUGUGCGCCCACCUGCAAUUGCGAAUAACCCAGCCGCAACCGCCUGGCGACAGCCAAUGUGAAAAUUUGAGGCCCGCACCUGACUCUAACCCGCUAAUAUAGAAGACAAGGAUUUUUGUUUCUGCUUAUUUCUGACAUUUUGGUAGGCUAUUUGUAAGUCAAUUUGUCAAUAAUUAGAUAGGCUACAUGCAGCUUCUCUUGUCAUUAGCUUAAAUGUUGCCCUAGAAAACUAAAUAAACCCUUCUCACCAGUAUGUUAAAUGUCAAUAAAAUGAAUGCUUCAAACUAUA